AUGUCUGGCGUCGCUGCUGGGCGCGUUGCUGCGAGGCUCCAGCGGCUGGGAGUCACUAUCCCGAUCGCUGCGGCGCCAAAAGCGAACUAUGUGCCGUACGUCUGUAGCGGCACGCAGCUGCACGUCUCCGGCCAGCUGCCGAAGAGCAACGAGGGGGAAUACAUCACUGGUCAAUUGGGCGUUUCACUGACGGUGGCGGAAGGGCAAGAGGCGGCCAGAGCGUGUGCGAUUCAGGUGGUGAGCCAACUGCAGGCGGCCCUGGGCGACCUGGACCGCGUGAAACGUGUCGUGAAGCUCAACGUGUUUGUGAACUCCACGCCAACCUUCACGCACCAGUCGUGUGUUGCCAAUGGUGCCUCGGACUUUAUCAUCAGUGUGUUCGGGGAGGAGGUUGGCCGGCAUGCUCGCUGUGCUGUGGGGGUGGCGCAGCUGCCGUUUGGCGCUGCCGUCGAGGUGGAUGCGUGUGUAGAGGUGGCAAAUUAG